AUGAAGGCCGUUACUCUGCCCCUCCUCCUUAGCCUGGCCGGCCUCUCUGUCGCCCGCACCGACCUAGGCGGCUGCGUCUCGUCGCAGACCACCAACCAGUGGCACGAAGCCAGCAUGAUCUGGUACGUGCCCAACUCGGGCGAGAUCUGCGACAUCCCCGACUGCGGCGGCGGCCGCGCACCCCCGAAGACCAACCAGCCCGGCUGCCCGCUGUACACGGGCACCGAGACCCUGACGCCCAGCUACCUGCCGGGCUGGGGUCCCAACGGCAAGGCGGUGCCGUCGACCACUGCGGUGGCGGAGACGUCGUCUACUGAGGCGGCCCAGCCGACUGACUCUUCAUCUUCUUCUGCUGCUGCUGCUCCUCCGGUGUUGUCGCCGCCUCGCUCCAAGCCUGCUGCCGGCCACAUCACCCCGGCCCCCGUUUCUACCCCGUUGGUCACUAUGACCAAGACUACCUCGUCGGGCUCGACGGACUCGCCGCCUGUCUCGGGUAGCAACCCGGACUACAACGCGGCUGCUAUGCCUGCUUCCAAUGUGGCUGGUGUUGUUGCCGUUGUCGCUGCUGUGAUCGGUGCCAUGGCUCUGUAG